AUGGCGUCCUCAAACUAUUCGUCAAAAUAUUCAUCAAAUGCUGUUCUUGUAUCCGGGUUUCCCGAAUUUACGAAUGAAGAUAAAUUGACGAUCUAUUUCCAGAGUCAUCGAAGAAGUGGCGGCGGAGAUGUCAACGGUGUUCUCAUCAGACCGAACGGCACUGCAGUCGUGAAAUUUUCAGAAAGCAGCGCUGCGACCAAUGUUUUACAACGCGGACAUGAAUUUGGUGGUGAAUCAUUGGUGGUAAGGCACUGUCCUAUUGAAAUGGAACCUGAUUUUGAAGACUCUGAUGUGAGUGACAGCUCCAGUGAUGAUGAAAUCGUGUCUCCUGCUAAUGUUGAUUCAUCCAGCCAACCCCUUAAUACUGUGGGUAUGAGAUAUGACAAACCUAAGCCAUUGUCAACAUAUUAUGAUUCGGAUGAUGACAGCGAUGUUGAGCAGCCAACUGACAGUUUAUGCAGUCAUUUUCUCAACACUGUGCAGACACGAAGUGCCGAUGAUAACGACAUGGGUCUCGAUUUUGUGCAGCAAGAGCAACAGCGCUUACUUACCUUAACAGUUAAGAAAAACCAACAAAAACAAGCUGAGAUGCUAUAUCGCUCUCAACUAGCAAAGAAGAAUCUAUCAACAGCAGAGGAACCAAUUAAAUUAAGAGAAGUUAGCACAAUGGAAGAAGGGAAAGCUGAAGAAGAAGAGAUGGAGGGAAUUGCAGCAGAAAAAGGUCCAUCAAUGAAUGUACAGGACAGAGUAAAAGUGGAAGAAUAUGGUAGACUGAAAAUUGUAGAAACUCAACCCAAUGAUGGUUCAGAUAUAAUCAGUGAGGAUAUGACUGGAACUUUUGUGUGUAUACCUGGAACUGGUGAGGAUAUGACUGGAACUGGUGAAGGUGUGACUGGAACUGGUGAGGGUAUGACUGGAACCGGUGGGGAUAUGACUGGAACUGAUGGAGAUAUGAUUGGAACCGGUGAGGGUAUCACUGGAACUGGUGAGGGUAUGACUGGAACUGGUGAAGGUAUGACUGGAACUGGUGGGGAUAUGACUGGAACUGGUGAAGAUAUGACUGGAACUAGUGGGGAUAUGACUGGAACUGGUGAGAGUGUGACUGGAAUUGGUGGGGAUAUGACUGGAACUGGUGAAGAUAUGACUGGAACUGGUGGGGAUAUGACUGGAACUGGUGAAGAUAUGACUGGAACUGGUGGAGAUAUGACUGGAACUGGUGAAGAUAUGACUGGAACUGGUGGAGAUAUGACUGGAACUGGUGAAGAUAUGACUGGAACUGGUGGAAAUAUGACUGGAACUGGUGAAGAUAUGACUGGAACCGGUGGAGAUAUGACUGGAACUGGUGAAGAUAUGACUGGAACUGGUGGAAAUAUGACUGGAACUGGUGGAGAUAUGACUGGAACUGGUGGAGAUAUGACUGGAACCGGUGGAGAUAUGACUGGAACUGGUGAAGAUAUGACUGGAACUGGUGGAAAUAUGACUGGAACCGGUGGAGAUAUGACUGGAACUGGUGGAGAUAUGACUGGAACCGGUGGAGAUAUGACUGGAACUGGUGAAGAUAUGACUGGAACAGGUGGAGAUAUGACUGGAACCGGUGGAGAUAUGACUGGAACAGGUGGAGAUAUGACUGGAACUGGUGGAGAUAUGACUGGAACCGGUGGAGAUAUGACUGGAACCGCCGGAGAUAUGACUGGAACUGGUGGAGAUAUGACUGGAACCGGUGGAGAUAUGACUGGAACAGGUGGAGAUAUGACUGGAACUGGUGGAGAUAUGACUGGAACCGGUGGAGAUAUGACUGGAACUGGUGGAGAUAUGACUGGAACUGGUGAAGAUAUGACUGGAACCGGUGGAGAUAUGACUGGAACCGGUGGAGAUAUGACUGGAACAGGUGGAGAUAUGACUGGAACUGGUGGAGAUAUGACUGGAACAGGUGGAGAUAUGACUGGAACCGGUGGAGAUAUGACUGGAACCGGUGGGGAUAUGACUGGAACUGGUGGAGAUAUGACUGGAACCGGUGGGGAUAUGACUGCAAGUGAUGAGGAUAACUUUUGUGGAUGGGAUAUCAUAGACUAUAGCGAUGAUGACGUAACACAAACCAAUGAUAGUGAUAACGAGGAACAACCAAGAUCUGGUAUCAGAGAGAAUAUAAUCAAUGUUGAUGUGGUAGAAGACGAGAAUGAUGGGAACAGUGAUGAAAAUCGUCAUGGUGAUAAUCACCACGGUCUGGAGGAAGAACAUAGUGAUAGUCUACAUGGUGAAACUAUGAGCAGAAUAGAUGAUAAUUUUUAUGAGAUGCCAAUAGAUGUGAGAGGAGUUGUGUACAGAAACCAACACAAUGCUAAUGAUGAGGAGAAGGUAGAUGAUGAAAAGAUGGACUUUGAGGAACGUAAACAGUCACAACUAGAGGUAAAAGAUUGUAAUGCUGAUAAUGUUGUUGAAGAUGAGGCGGUUGUCAUGGAGAAAAUGGAUGAUAGUGGUUCAUUUGACGUAUUGAAUCAAAAUGAAAAUGAAAAAUCUUCAGAGAAAUCGCCACAGGAAUGCUCACCACCAGACCAAAAACCUGCACAUUCUAGAUUUAAACUUGCUGCGUAUUUCCCACAACACAGUACUGAUGAAAAUAAUUCUGCGUGGGAUUACCAUGCAUUUACUCAGGACCCUGGUGUUAAUUAUAGUGAUCCAAAUAUCAGCUGCUCUAUGUACUCAGAAUAUGAAGUAUUGCCUCCUGUAGAAGCAAAAAUGGAAAAAAGACCGGAAUCAUUUACAAUGCAAUCAUAUUCUUCAUCUUCAUCUGAUGAUGAUUACACCAGAGAGGACAUGGACAGAAAGAAAGGACAAUAUGAUUGGGAAGAAAAAAGCAGUGAUGGGAGCUCCAUUGUUGUUAUACAAGAUCAAGAACAUAUGAAAGAGUCAAAAGAAGAUUCAGAUUUAGAUGAGGAGGAUGUUGAAAAUACGAUUGAGGUCACAGAUUUCUCUGCCAACACAACAGCAGAGCUUCUCGAAAUGUAUUUUGAAAACCGCAGAAAAAGUGGUGGUGGAAAAGUAUUAAAAGUGGAGAUUGCAUCAGAGAAAGCGUAUGUUACAUUUGAAGAUCCCAAAGUAAUUGACACUGUACUACAGAAAACUCAUCUACUGAAUAAGUGUAAUCUCAAAGUGAGAAUAGCACCACCCUUACCACCCAGAGACAAGAGGAAAGUUGUAGUCAAGAAUAUAUCGGAGAAAACUACAAGAGAUGGGCUUGAGCUAUAUAUGGAGAAUAUUAGUGGUUGCGAUGUCGAAAAAAUAGAAAACGCCUUAGAAGCUGAUGUUGCUAUGGUAACAUUUAAAAGCCCACCAGAUUAUGACAAAAUGUUUGAUAAGAUAUCAAAGCGAGCACUCGAUGGUAGUUUCCUGUAUUUACAUCCAGUAUCAGUGACAAAUUCUAUUCUAGUAGCUGGUAUCAGUCAGUCCACGAGUACGGACACUUUGGAGUUAUAUUUUGAGAAUAAACGACGAAGUGGUGGUGGUGAUGUUCAAGAUACGAGUUAUGAUUCAGAUACCAACACAGCAGUUGUACAAUUUGAGGAUCCUAAAGUUGUAGAGAAUGUUUGUCAGAAUCGUCAUAUACUGAAUGGUGCUGACCUUACUGUAGUUGCUUAUCAUGAGUGUUUUGGUCCACCAGCCUGCAUGAGUGAAUUCUUCAAACCAAAUUUACCUGAUCCCUUCACAAUAGAGGUUGAUCCAAACAUUAUUGAAUUCAUUAAAAACGCUGGAUGCCAACGAGUCAGUGAUUUUGACGAGAUGAUGAAACUACUUAAGGUGUCUUUAAUUUGGGAUGAUGACAUCAAAACAUUGAUCAAUGUCUGGGAGUCGCAAGCAAAAGAUGCGAUAGAGGAAUUUCUGGAUGAUUUUUCCAGCAGAGAGAUAAAAUCUCCCGUUGAAUCCUGGCAGGAAAUCUGUACUCGACUGGAAGAGAUAAAGAGCGCUUCGAUGGCAUCGGAAUUAUGGAUCGCUAAGGACGAUACUAAUAAAUCUCUUACAAUCACUGGUUUGAAAGCAGCAGUUUCCAUGGCAAUAAAUUCAUACCAGAAAAUCGCUAAAGAGAUUGAAGAGAAGAUGAAGUACGAAGCAACUAUAAUUACUGACCAGUGUAGCAGUGUAAAGCGAGAAAAACUACAGCUGCUGCAGGCUAGGUCUGAUGCAGUGAGUAUAGAUGAAAACAUUAAAAUGGACAUUGCACCAGAUCAGGGCAGCGUCAUGUUUCGUGGACCCUCAAUGUCUGUCACAGGAAGCAAACUGAAGAUUCUAGAAAUGCUGGCUAACAUGGUUGACAAAGGAGUUGAAAUUAUCAGAUGA